AUGCGCGUGCCGCGUGUCGCGCGACGCCCCGGCCUCCCCAGGCUGCCGUUUUCUGCGCUGACGCGGCUGGAGGCGGAGGGCAGCCAGGCCGUGGUGCUGAGCACGACGCAGGUGACGCGCAUGAAGGUCAACUGCGAGGACGCGCCCUACGCAACGGACAAGGGCAAGCCCUCCACCUGGGUGUUUGUGCUGUCAUACGCCAGGCUGGAUGACGUGCUGCCCCUCGCACACGAGUGCCUGGCCGUCAGCAGGCUGCCCUCCCCAGAGCGCUCCCAGAUGCUGGAGGCCCUGGCGCGCGCCCGCGAGGACGCGGCGCGCUUCGACAGCAGCCGGCUCGCGGACUUUGGGGAGCGCCUGCUGUGGGAGGGCCCCGCGGCGCAGCUGAGCCCGCUGGUGCGGGAGCCGGGGCGGCUGGCACUCAGCGACGCGCGGGUCUACUUCCAGCCGCUCUACAACGUGGCGGGCGACUCCCCGGUGCGGAGCCACCCCCUCGCCGCCGUCGCCGCCGUCGCGCGCCGCCGCGCCGCGCUGCGGCCCAUGGGCCUGGAGGUCUUCUUCGUAUCGCCCGCGGCGGGGCCAGGCGGCGCGCCAGGCGGCGGAGGCGGUGGCGGGGCCAAGGCGGCAGCGGGGCCGUUUUGGGAGGGGCCGAGCGCCUUCUUUGCCUUUAGGUGUGAGGCCGACAGGGAGAGGGUCAUCAGCCUCAUGCGCUCGCAGCCCGCGCUCGGCGCCGCCGUCGCAACAAUUGCCGGCGCCCAGCAGCAGCAGCAGCAGCAGCAGCAGCAGCAGCAGCAGCAGCAGCAGCAGCAGCAGCAGCAGCAGCAGCAGCAGCAGCAGCAGCAGCAGCAGCACGCAGGUGCCGGGGGUGGCACGGCGUCUUCCCAGGCGUCCGUACCCCCAACCCCACCCGGCCCCGGCUCCCCGCCGUCGCCGCCGCCGCCGUCGCACGAGGCGGCUGCGGCGCUGCUCGACGCGGGCGCGGGCGGGUGGCUGGCGCGCGUCACGGUCGCGUGGCAGCGGGGGCGUCUGUCAAACUUCGACUACCUCCUAUACCUGAACCUCGCGGCCGGCAGAUCUUUCAACGAUCUCGCCCAAUGGCCCGUCUUCCCCUGGGUACUCGCCGAUUACACCUCGGACCGCCUCGAUCUUUCGAACCCGUCCACCUUCCGCGAUCUGGGCCGCCCGAUGGGGGCGCAGUCCGAGGGGCGGCUGCGGGACUUCCGGCGGCGGUUCAAGGAGAUGGCGUCGCUGCCGCCUGACGUGCUGGGGGGACCGCCCUUCAUGUAUGGCACCCACUACUCGACACCAGGCUACGUCCUGUACUGGCUCGUCCGCGCCGCACCCGGCCACAUGCUGCGCCUGCAAGCCGGCCGCUUUGACUCCCCGGACCGCCUGUUUGGGGGCAUCGCCGAGGCCUGGGGCAGCGCCACCAGCGGCCCAACAGACGUGAAGGAGCUGAUUCCAGAGUUUUACAUGCCCGGUGAGACAACAGGGGGUGGGAGGGGGCCGGAGGGGCGGCGGCGAGGAUCCACGGCCCGCCGGCCUUGA